AUGCCUAAAGAACAGUACCGAGAAACAGAUGUGGCGAGAAAAAUCUCCCAUGUCAGUUUUGGAGUAGAAAGUGCAGAGAGUAUGCAACAGCAGUCUCACAUCCAUGUAGUGGCCAAGAAUCUGUAUAAUCAAGAUGUUCAAAGAACCCCAGUUCCCUUUGGUGUACUGGAUAAAAGACUGGGUACAAAUUCAAAAGGUUCACCUUGCCAGACCUGUGGGAAAGACAUAAAUGACUGUGUAGGCCAUUUUGGCUACAUUGACUUAGAAUUGCCUGUGUUUCAUGUGGGAUAUUUCAGGAGUAUCAUUAAUAUUUUGCAGUCAAUUUGUAAAAAAUGUGCCCAUGUUUUGUUAGAAGAAUCAGAUAAACAUCUUUUUAGAAUCAGACUGUCAAAUCCUCAUCUAAGUUAUAUGACAAAAAAAGCUAUAAGGAAGAAAAUCAAUGAUAAAUGCAAGAAAAACAGCAAAUGUCCAAAUUGUAAAGAACAAAAUGGUUUUGUCAAAAAAAUGACUGCUAAAGCUAGCACAGGCAAUUCUGUUUUGAAAAUAGUUCAUGAAAGAAAUAGGGAAAAAGACAAACAAGUAUUGUUAGAGGAUCAACUGAAUGAAUUUUCAGUAGCAAUUGAUAGCAACCCUGACAUUAAAUCUGCCUUGACCGGAAGUCCACUUGGAGAAAUUUUGACUCCCAUAGAUGUACUUAAACUGUUUGAAAGAAUUCCUGAAAAUGAUAUAUUAUUGUUGGCCAUGGAUCCAAGAAGGUCGCAACCAAAAGAUCUAAUCUUCACCAGGUUAUUAGUGCCUCCUGUCACCAUUCGACCAUCAGUUGUCUCGGACUUAAAGGCUGGAACUAAUGAAGACGACUUGACAAUGAAACAAUCAGAGAUUAUAUUCAUUAAUGAUGUCAUUAAGAAGCAUAAACAAUCUGGGGCUUCUGUGAACAUGUAUCAAGAAGGUUGGGAUUUUCUUCAAUUACAAUCAGCGUUGUAUAUUAAUAGUGAGUUAUCUGGAGUACCACUGGCUAUGAUGCCUAAAAAACCAGGUAGAGGCUUAGUUCAAAGGCUCAAAGGCAAACAAGGACGAUUCAGAGGCAACCUUUCUGGAAAAAGAGUCGACUUCUCUUCCAGGACUGUAAUAUCUCCGGAUCCAAAUUUAGAAAUAGACCAAGUGGGGGUUCCGAAGCAUAUAGCUAAAAUCCUAACCUUUCCGGAGAAGGUAAUCCAUGCCAAUAUAGAUGUUAUGAGGACGUUAGUUAUUAAUGGCCCUGAUAAGUGGCCUGGUGCCAACUACGUGCAACAGAAAGGGUCUCAGUUUAAGAGAUUUUUGAAGUAUGGUAAUAGAGAAAAACUUGCGCAAGAAUUAAAGUUGGGUGACAUGGUUGAAAGACACCUGCACGACAAUGAUGUAGUUCUUUUCAAUCGUCAACCAAGUUUGCAUAAGCUGUCUAUCAUGGCACACAGGGCGAAAAUUCACAACCAUAGGACGUUCAGGUUCAACGAAUGUGUUUGUAAUCCGUACAAUGCAGAUUUUGAUGGAGACGAAAUGAAUUUACAUUUGCCUCAAACUGAGGAGGCCAAGGCCGAGGCACUUAUACUAAUGGGGAACAAAAGCAACUUAGUGACUCCUAGGAACGGAGAGCUCCUGAUCGCGGCUACUCAAGAUUUUUUGACUGGUGGUUAUUUACUAACGAAGAAGGAUACGUUUCUGGAUUUUGCACAUGCUACACAACUGGCAGCGACCUUGUUAGCUGGAAACGAUAGUCAUAUGAAUAUCGAUUUGCCUCCACCUUGUAUAAUAAAGCCGGUUGCACUAUGGUCCGGCAAACAAAUAUGCAGUUUGAUCUUCCGGCCCAACAAGAAAUACCCCGUGAAGGCGAACUUAGAAGCAAAAGGUAAAGCUUACACGAAAAAUAGAGAGAUGUGCGUUAAGGACUCGUAUGUACUGAUAAGGAACUCGGAACUGAUUGCUGGUACCUUAGACAAAGGACAUCUUGGUAAUGGAGGAAAAGGUGGAAAUAUAUUCUAUGUUAUUUUAAGGGAUUUCGGAAAGGAGUUUGCCAUUAGAUCGAUGUGGAGGUUAGCCCGGUUGGCUUCAAAUUACUUGAUGAAUGCGGGAUUCUCCAUAGGAAUAGGGGACGUUACUCCAGGAGAAAACUUAAUCAGAAGAAAGAACAAACUUUUAAGUGAAGGGUAUGCCAAAUGUCAGGACUUCAUUAAACAAAUGAACGAAGGCAAACUCCCUACUCAACCAGGUUGCACCGUCGAGGAAUCCUUGGAAGCAGUGAUUCUAAAAGAAUUAUCAGUCAUAAGAGAACACGCAGGCCAGGCUUGUGUUGCCGAACUGCAUUCAACAAACAGUCCUCUCAUUAUGGCUCUCUCUGGAUCCAAAGGUUCCUUUAUCAAUAUUUCUCAGAUGAUCGCUUGCGUGGGCCAACAGGCGCUUAACGGAAAAAGAGUACCGAACGGCUUCGACGAUCGUUCCCUUCCACAUUUUGAACACUACUCUAGAACACCCGAAGCGAAAGGUUUUGUGGAGAAUAGUUUUUACUCUGGUAUGACCCCCACCGAGUUUUUCUUCCACACCAUGGGCGGUAGAGAGGGAUUGGUUGAUACCGCCGUCAAGACCGCUGAAACGGGAUACAUGCAAAGAAGAUUAGUGAAGGCGCUGGAGGAUUUGGUGGUUCAUUACGACGGUUCGGUGAGGAACGCCGAAGGGGAUCUAAUACAGUUGAAUUACGGUUGUGAUGGUCUGGAUCCGACGUAUAUGGAAGGUAAAGAUUGUCCAGUGGACUUCGAGAGAGUUUUGGAUCAUAUCAAAGCAAAGUGCCCGUAUAGACAAGAAGUGGCUCUUGAUGGAGACCAAAUUCGAAGGGCAACUAAAGCUUUCAUCUCUACAAAUGCCCUGGAGGAGUGCAGUGAAGAUUUUCGGACAGAAUUAGUAAAUUUUAUGGAUAUUAUUGCGGGAAGAGUAGAAAACGUUCAAAAGAAGUUCGGCAGCAGUCCGAUAGCGAAAGAAAUCGAACGUUUAACUUGCAGUCAGUUGGUCACAUUUUUAGAAACGUGUGGACAGAAGUACACGAGAUCUAUCAUAGAACCUGGUACGGCUGUAGGUGCGCUAGCAGCUCAAAGUAUAGGAGAGCCAGGUACACAGAUGACGCUGAAAACUUUCCACUUUGCCGGUGUUGCCAGCAUGAACAUCACCCAAGGAGUUCCUAGAAUUAAAGAAAUUAUUAACGCCAGUAAAAAUAUAAGUACGCCUAUAAUAACAGCUAGUUUAGUGAAUAAUACAGACCAAUGGUUCGCGAGAGAAGUGAAAGGGCGAAUUGAACGAACUACCCUAGGCGAGAUUUCAACAUUCAUAGACGAGAUAUAUACCAAAAACGACGCAUUUUUAUUAAUUCAAAUGAAUUACGAGAGAAUACGGUUAUUAAAAUUGGAAAUAAAUGCUGAAACAGUCCGAUAUAGCAUAUGUACAUCAAAAUUGAAGCUAAAGCCAUCUGACGUUUGCGUGGAAAGUGAUACGAUAAUAACCGUCCAUCCUAAUAGAAGCAAAAAUUCCAGAAGGCUAAAUUUCGCCCUGGGAGAAUUGAAAGAACAAAUUCCAAACGUAGUGGUGAAGGGUUUGCCAACCGUUAAUAGGGCAGUUAUAGCACGAGAGGACAAAGGCGGUACUCCACGGUACAGUCUUUGUGUAGAAGGUAAUAAUUUAAGAGAAGUAAUGGCCACUUAUGGCGUAGAUGGAAAGAAAACUAUUUCGAACAAUAUCAUGGAAGUUUACCAUACAUUAGGAAUAGAAGCCGCAAGAGAGACGAUUAUGUCAGAAAUUAAAAUGGUCAUGGAGAAUCACGGAAUGAGCGUCGAUUACAGACACAUCAUGUUAUUGGCGGCCCAGAUGACCCAUACUGGUGAAGUCCUCGGCAUAACGCGGCAGGGUUUAUCCAAAAUGAAACAAUCUGUUCUUAAUUUGGCUUCGUUUGAAAAAACCGCUGACCACUUAUUUGAUGCCGCCUAUUAUGGACAGACUGACAAAAUCAAUGGAGUUUCUGAGAAUAUCAUCAUGGGAAUGCCAGCACCUAUUGGAACCGGAAUCUUCAAAUUGCUUCACAAGCCUAUCAGUGUCGAGCAUACUCCAGAAUCAGGUCCUUUAUUGUUUGAAGAAACCAUCAGAGAAAUUACUGCUUAA